AGCAAGAAUGAUCCCAAUUCUACCUAUGAUGAAGACAACUUGGCUCACUGCAUUGCUGACCUCUUUGUUGCUGGGACAGAGACAACCUCAACUACUCUCCACUGGGCAUUGCUGAUUAUGGCCAUUCAUCUGGAUAUCCAAGAUAAAGUCCACAAAGAAAUAGAAGAUGUUUUGGGUUCAUCUCACUCAAUCUGUUAUCAAGAUCUAAAGAAACUGCCCUACACCAAUGCUGUGAUUCAUGAGAUCAUGCGAAGCAAAUACAUCCUUUUAUUUGGGAUACCAAGACAAUGUGUGAAGGAUGUCUAUCUGGAUGGUUUUCUAAUUCCCAAGGGAGCUGUUAUUGCUCCAGACCUGCGUUCUGUUCUUUUUGAUCCUGAACUUUGGGAGACACCUGAAGAGUUCAACCCCAACCAUUUUUUGGACAAGGAAGGACAUUUUGUAUCAAGAGAAGGAUUUGUGCCAUUUGGAGCAGGAGCUCGGGUCUGUGUGGGGGAACUCCUUGCAAAGAUUGAGAUCUUCAUUAUCUUCACCAGCCUGCUGAGGAUAUUUAGGCUGCAGAUCCCAGAAGGAGUGAAAAAGUUCAGUCAAAAAUACAUAUUAACAGGGCUUGUGCAGCCCUCUCCUUACAAGAUUUGUGCUCUUCCUCGUGCCAAAUCAUCAUAA